AUGUCUAACGGUGUACAAGGUUUAAAUGUGGCUGCUGCUGCUGCUGCUGCUGCUGCUGAUGGCACUGAUGACGUCGAUUUGGCAUGCGAGGCACGCAGCUCACGAGUUAAUGUUGCUGGCGUGCAAUACAAGGCGCAUUGUGCGUGGCAGCCCCAGCACCAACAGCAGCAGCAGCAGCAGCAGGGCGUCGUGCGGGGCUGGCAGGAGGCGUGCCAGUCAGCGGAUAGCAGUGACAUGCAAACACAGGCGCAUGCGCGUGCUGAAUACAGCGACAACAACCACAGCAACAACAGCAACACAGGAGCGGAAGUUGUCAGCAAUUGGGAGCGCGCGCAAGUCGAGCUUGGCCAAAAUCAAAAAUUGUUGAAAAUUGUUGAAAAUCUUGUGCAAAUUGAAGAUUGUAAAAUUAGCAACGAUAUUGGCCAAAGCGAGCAGCAGCAGUUGCUACAGCUACAGCAACAGCAGCAGCAGCAGAAAGAAUUUUUUUUUACUACCAAUAAGAACGACGCGAGCAGCGCAGCUGGCGACGACGCUGACAGCGACGCGCGACGUACAGAAAAAUUUGUGCAAAAAAUUUGUGAAAAUGAUUUAAAUGUCAAUUUUUUUAACAAUUCGAGUGAAAAUGUGCAAAGCGACAUAGCGACAGUAGCAACAACAACAAAAGAGUCUAGUGAUAGUGACGAGCAAUCGUUGUUGUUGUUGUUGGUGGAGGAGGAGCAGCAGCAGCAACACCACCACCAGCAGAAGGAGGUGCCAUUGUCAUUGCCAUAUUUGAAGCUAGACAACCGAUGGCAGCAGCAAUUGCCAGCGACGAAUGUUGCUGCUGGCCCAGUGCACGCGACUGACGCCAAACGUAACGAGCAAUGCUCUAAUCAAGGCGAACUAUCGAACAAUUCCAAACAGCUCGGCGUUGGCAAUGAUCUAGGGCAUAAGCAGGAGGCGACGUUAGCAACGAGCAGCGCAACAAGCUGCAACGAUAAGGAUCUUAUUGAUUUCGGUGACGAUUUGACCGAGGAUUUUGUGGCCAGCCAAAGGCUCAAGCGCUUACAGCAUAAUUUUCAGGGACGCGUUAACAGCAGCAGCAGCAGCAGUAGCAGCAGCAGCUCUGCCAGCAACAACAGCUGUGGUGAGGCUGUUGUAGUUGAUGAUUGUGUAAAGGCAUCCUUGAGACAGCAACAGCAACAGCAACAGCAACUAAUACAACUAAAUGCCAGCACAGCGACAAUAAGCACAACAAAGAAACUACCCCCACAGCCAGCACUAGCAGUAGCAGGAGGAGGAGUAGCAACACCCAACAGCAACAGCAGCGCUCUGCAGGACAAUAAAAUAGUUGAAAGCGCGCUAUUGGCCGUGGCCCCAGGCUCAAGUGCAAUACAAUUAAAUCGAAAUUGUAUACAAGACAUUGCUAAUGAACAAAUUGCCAAAGCAAAUAGCAGACAACAGCAGCAGCAGCAGCAGCAGGAGCAAGAGCAGCAGGAGCAGGAGGAGCAGCAGCAAUUGCUGAAUACGCAGCAAGAAAUUGCAGAGCGCGUGCGCUGUGAGAGUUUGGCUGAUAGCAGCAGCAGCAGCGAGAGUAGCAGCCAGGUGCUGAUUGAAAUUGAGACACCAGCAACAACAGCAACAACAACAACAACAGCAGCAACAACAAUACGCAGCGCCUUUGUGCCCACUGCCAACGACAAUAGCAACAACAACAACAACAGUUACAGCUACAACAACAACAACAACAACAACAGCAGCAACAACAAUUGCAGCUCAUCGAGUGGCAAUUUUGUGGCGUCACUUAGCGAAUUCGAUGUGCAACGCUUUGGCGACUAUUUGAAGGCAGCGAGACAAUUGCAAUUGCUCGACAUUAGAGCGAGCGCCGGAGCUCCGAGUGAGCCGCUGUCCGAGUGCAGCAAGCAGCGACGCGGCUAUCAGUGCUACGACGAGUUGCUCGCUGAAUUUGUUAGCGAGCAGCAGCAACAGCAACAGCAACAGCAGCAGCAGCAAGAGCGAGUUGGCAUUAGCGAGAGCGAGAGCGAACAGAGUGAGAGCGAGAGCGAGAGCGAAAGCGUGUGCCAAUGCAAUGAGUGCCUAACAGUUCUAGCAGCAACUUAUACAACAGCAGCAGCAGCGAGUGCAAUCGUUAACAAUAAUACAUCAACAACAGCAGCAAUAGCAGCAACAACAGCAGCAGCAAUAGCAGCAGCAGCAGCAGCAACAACAACUGAUACGACAGCAACAAUUGCCACAGCGAACGUGCUCAAGAUGCGCGAAAUGAAUGGGCAGCUGCGCGGUCUGCUCAAGAAACCAAAUCGUCCGCCGCCGGUGCGUAAAAAUCGCGUCGUCUUCGAUGAGACACGCAACGAAUUCUUCGAGGCGGACUAUAUCAUAUUGAUACGGGAGGAUUGCGCCUACGAUGAGGAGGACGAGGAGCCCUGCACCUGCGGCGAGCAUGAGCUGGUGCGGCUCUGCUGUGAGGAGGGCUGCCAGUGCAACUAUGCGGUGAGUGCCGCUGAUGCGGCCGAUGGACGAACGCCACAGAGCCCCAAAUUCCAGCCGCCCAUCGACUUUGUGGACGAUGCGGCGCUCAGUCCACCGGAUGGCUACAAGGACAACAGCUUGAAGAAUACGCUGGGCGGUGCGCUCAGUGGUCACAUCUUUGGGGCGCAGCAUCUGCAACAGUUGCAGGUGAUACAGCGUCUGCAGCAGCAGCGUGCCGCAAUGUUGGCGGCGCGCAACGGCAAUGGCAACAAUCAAGUACCGCCACCGCCGCCGCCAGUGGGCAGCGCUCAGCAGCAGCAGCAACAGCAGCAGCAACAACAACAACAGCAGCAGCAGCAACAACAGCAGCAGCAACAACAACAGCAUCAUGCCACAUCCCAGCAGCAGCAGCAGCAGCAGGCCGAUGAGGACCUGCAGGGCGUUUGCACUGAGUGCGCCGAGUGUGCCGAAUGCGCCGCAAAGCAGCUACAGGAUGCAGAAUGCAGCGCCGCCCAAUGCAACGAAGAGCUGACGCCCAUUGGCGUGCCAGCUGUGGCACUGCUGCCAUUGCACACCAGCUCACCGGAGCGUCGCAUCACGCAAAAGGAGAUCAUCGCCGGCGAGGAGCGUCCCAAAUAUGUGCUUCAAUCUCAAUACAAGCCCGCAGCGGCAGCAGCAGUCAAAGUUAGAAAGGAAUCGGGCAGUAGCAGCAAGCCCGCCGCAAGCUCUAGUCCCGGUUCCGUAUCCGUAACCGGUUCCGGCUACGGCACCAGCCUGGUGCCAGCAGCGGGCAGUAGCACAGCCAAGAAAAAAAGAUUUGUUGUUGAAACUAUUACCACUAUGACCACAGUGACCGAGCGACGCAUCAUACGCGAAGCGCCCGAGGAUCUGGCCGCUGCCAACUCAACUGGCACAGGAGCUGGCUCCACGCCAGCAGCGGACUUGCUGCCACCGGCACUGCCAGCCAAGGCAAGCGCCACAGCAGCCGCAGCAGCGGCGGCGGCGGCAGCGGCAGCAGCCACUGCUGCUGCAGGCUCCGCAGCUGGCUCGGAGCAAUACGAUGAGGAGAAACCUCCGCCCAUACCGCCCAAGGAGCUAACAACGACCACACAGAUCAGCGGUAUAUUAAAGGGCGGCAAGCUCUGGAAGCAGGACUCUAUUUCACAGCAAUCGGAUGACCAAAAUAACACCACCUCAGAGGACGAAAGUGGCGCUACGAAACGCUCGGUGCGUUUUGUGACCGAGGAUCAGGCGAACGCCGGCACCGAUGGCGAUGGUCAAUCGCUGUGCGGCGAGCUGGAUGAUAGCGAGAACCAGAUCAACGAGCUGAUACCCAUUAAGAAGCACUCGACACUGUUCAAUAAUGCGUUGCGUCCGAACUCGGCGGUGCGCCAACUGUUUCCCAGCGUCUCGGCCCAACAGGCGCCGGUGCUCACCUCGGAGGCAUUGCGCGCCUUCGAUGAGUCGAAGCGUGCCGGCUGCCUGGUCACCCAUUUGCCCGGCAGCUGCGGCGACUCGGACACCUUGCGGCGCAGCAUGGAGCGCAACAUACUCCGGCGCUCCCUGAUCAAGAAAAAGGCCGUCAAGUCGGACAUUUCGCUGGAGGAGCGCAUAAAGCAGCUGACCUGCGACAUUGAUGAGGAUCUGGUCGAGGAGCUGUCACGCGGCGUUGCCGAUGCUGAUCAGGAUCAGGAUUUGGCCAGCGACCGCGACUGCUCGGAGCUGGCACAGCGCGACAGUCCCGCCGGCGAGGAGAACCCCAACACGCUUGCGCCCAAAUUCAUGAAUGGCGAGAAGAGCUUCUCGCCCAGCAGCUCCGUCUCCAGCUCGUCCAGCGGCUCGUCGGCUUACAAGAAAAUCGCCGACAUCUUCAGUCGCGACAAGAAGCAGGAGAAGAUCAUGGAGCUGGAGGAGAAUCCUAUUGUUAUCAUACCACAGGAAUGCCGCUGCCCGGCCGCCCCAGACUUGGGCAUGGGCAUCCAGGUGCCAGUGGUGCACACACAAAUCCAUCGAACGCCGCCGCGCCAAAACGAGCCGAAGCGUCAAUUCUUAUCGACACUGGCGCCGCUGACAGCCUGUGUGGCCGGCAACAAGGACGAUCUGUCCUCCUACUACACACUGGCCGCAGCAGCGGCUGCCCAUCAGCAUGGGCACUCGGCGCAUGCGCAUGCCCAUUAUGCGGCUGCAGCGGCCGCAGCUGACUACAACAUGAGCCAGCUGCUGGGAGCGGCGGCGGCAGCGGGCGUUGGUGAUGCUGCGGCACAGCAGGCGGCAGCUGCAGCGAUGGCGGCACAGGGCUUGGCCAUGGGCGGAGGAGCAGGAGGCGGCGGAGCUGGAGCUGGCGCAGGAGCUGGUGGUGCGGGCGGUGGAGCUGCUGGCGGUGGGGAUGAGGCACGUAAGGUGGCGCCGGAUGUAAUUGCGGGCACACCCGGCCAGGAGACAACACAGCAGGACGAACUGGCCGCCUUUGCCCAGGCGGAGGCCAAGCGCACGGAGCAGCUGAAGAAACGCUACACGGGCGUAGAGAGCGCCUCGCAGUCCCAGUCGCAGGCGAGUAGCGACGACGACGAGCAGAACGAUUAUGGCUUCAACAAGCGGCCCUCGGUGCGCGGCAUCAAGCCCAAGUUCAGUUCCACCAACGAGAUUCUCGCCCAGAUGCAGGAGCAGCUCACUCAACAAAUACCCACAACGGUGAUCAGUAGCCAGCCGGUGCCACAGGCGAUCAAGGGCUACGCCAUGCCCAAUCAGCCCAAGCAGAACCCCUCGCCGCAGAAUGUGCCACAGCAGCAACAGCAGCAGCAGCAGCAGCAGCAGCAACAGCAGCAGCAACAACAACUGCAACAGCAAAUGGCCGCUGCGCUGCAGGCGAACACCAUAGCGCAGCAGAAGACGGAGCAGCGCACCUGGAGCUUCUACAGCGAGAGCGGAGAGCAGCAACGUUUUCCGGUGGACGCGGCGGCUGCGGCUGCCAUACAGCAGACCUACUACCAGACGCUGCCGGCUGGCGCCAUGUUCCGACAGACCAUGAUACAGCAGGGCGCCGCCGACGAUGCCUCGCUGCUGUAUGCGGCGGCACAGAACUGCCAGAGCGUCACGGCAACGGCAACAGCAACGGCCAUCGAGCAGAGCAAGCACAGCAGCUACAGCAGCCACUUUGCACGUAGCCCCACCCGACGGCCGGAGUCGCCGCCGCCAUUGCGUAACUAUCAUCAGACGAUGGUGCUGAUACCCUACAAUGCCGAAACCUAUUCCCAAUUUGCCACCAGCAGCAGUGUCGAUCCGAAGCUGGCGCACAUUCAGCGACAGAAUAUACUCGAGUAUCAGCAGGUAACACAGCAAACGAUUCGCGUGCCCAUUGGCUAUGCACUGCCCGGCAUGCAGUUGCAUGUGGUGAGUGGGCGUGGUCAUGCCGCCCACUACGCACAGCAUCCGCAACAGCAUCAGCACCAGCAGCAUCAACAGCAGCAGCAGCAGCAGCAACAACAGCAGCAACAACAGCAACAACAGCAGCAGCAACAACGUCUCAUGUCGCAGCAUUAUCAAUUCGCAGCAGAGGGCGGCAUGCCGGGCUUUAGUGAACGGGGCGUGCCCGAAGGAGCAGCAGCUGUGUCGCACAGCGAUUGCAGUGCCAUGGUCUCGCCGACAGGCGGAGCAGUUCAGCAACAGCAACAGCAGCAACAGCAACAACAGCAGCAGCAACAGCAGCAACAGGGAUCCGUUUAUUAUGCAAUGAACGUAUGACCCGGGCUGGAAUAGUCGCUGCCAGCGGCGGUGAUUGUUGAGCGCCGCCAAUGUCAACGCGUCGAGUUGUCAGCGACUUCAGUGCACUUGGGCGGUGGUGCUGGCCUGGGCUGAGCCACGCCCACAGUUGAGAAGCAGGCGAAAAGAAGUACUAGGAGGGGCACUCAAUCAAAAUGUGAAAAUUGUUUUGCUUUUCUAGUUUUGGAAUCGUUGUUGUUGAACGCAUUGAUCCUAGCGAGCGUCUCACUUGCUGUCUCACUCACUUACUAUACCCCUCUAUUUCUCUCACUCUCACUCUCGCUCUCACUGUCUGUCUGCAUUGUGUAAAGUCGCUUGAACAACACUGCACAUUAGUAAGGCUAACAACACUAAACACUAGUAUUAG